AUGGCCUCUCACUUUCUCGCGGCUCGCUUGGGCCUGAGCUGCGAUGACGAUCGUGCGUAUCCCACCGUCGAGCGCAAAGCGUCCAAAGCGCCCUCGCACUCAGUAUAUAAGCUGCACCCACAUUCUCGUUGCUGCCCCAACCCACUACUCAAUCUCCUGCAUACCAUGACCACCUCUGACAUCCGCAACACACACACUGGCAUCACCCCGACGCGGGAAGAAGUCUGCUUCCUUCCGCAGCUGGUUCAGCUCGACUUCUGGCUCGACUCCCUACACGUUGUGCUGCCAGCAGCCUCCAAGAUACCCAACUACCAAGGCGCAUUCUAUCUCGACCCGGCGGGCAGGGCUGAUCUGCUCGAGCGCGUCGUGGCCCACAUCCGGCGCAUCACACGUGCCUACAACAGGGCCAACGGCCACCGCGACGCCCCGAUCCUCACCGACGCCGAGUCGGUCUUCGUCAAGUUCUCCCAGCCGUCCGCGCAAUUCGGCCACAUCUUCGCGGAGCUGGGCCAGCUCAUCGGCGUCGCCCCACGCAACUCCGUGCAGGACAUCUACGCCGCCGCGCACCGGUACAUCGUCUGCGGCAUGCGCGCGCUGGAGUGGCCGCUCCCCGCGGCGCUCUACCCCGCGCCCAGCCACAACCACGCCGAGUACGCCGCCCGCGCCGCCGCGGUCCCCGCGGUCUGCACGUCCGCCGUCUGCCACAUCCACGCGCACCCCGCGCGCGCCGCCGGCCCGCAACCGCCUCGCCGGCCCGCGCCGCCGCCGACGGGCUACUCGCUGCGCUACCGCGGCGAGGAGGUCCGGCUGCCGUUCCCCAACGCGCCGCCGCCGCCGCCGGCCCAGGACCGCCUCCCGGGCAUCCAGCAUAUGGACUAUUUUUCGGAGAUGGGCCGGUUUGACCGGAGAAUGAACGCGUCGAGGCAGGGGGAGGGGCAGGGGCAGGGAAGUGGUUGUGCCAGGCAGUGA